UUCAAAAUAUAAUUAAUUUUAAAUAAUAAUUCACCAGAACUACGAUAGAAUCAAGCUAUUUACUUUUGAUAAUAUUAUUUAUAUUUUAAAUGUCAAUAUAUAUGUUUUCAUUAACUUUAAAGUAUAAGUUAGAUAGCUGAAUUCUGUCUUGAACAACAAGCGAUGUUUGCUGAUAAAAAACCCAUUAAUAUUGCGAGCUAGACAUACCCGUAGAAUCAGCUGACUAAGGCCGUAUCUAGUUACUUGAUUUUAAACACGAAAGUAGUAUAGAUGAAGUUCACAACUUCUGUGUUUAUGUUAAAGUUUUAACGAAUUAUUUUUAUAUAUAAUUAAUUUCUUUACUGGAGAAAUAUGAUCAAUAUGUACUUUUUUGCAUUUAUAUGGGUUUUUAACGCUAUUUUUACAUACGGACUUAAUUAUGAAGAUGAGGUAAACCAAGAUCCAGAAAUUAUUGAAAGUCGAAAAAAGGCCAUUAGUUGGCUUUUCUCUAAGCAAAAUGAAGAAGGAGGUUGGGGAACAAAAGAUAAUCCUGAAACUCAUAGAAUUCUUACCACUCUUAGUUUAUCAAAUUAUAAUUAUACACAACAUAGUUUAAGCCAUCAUCAAGGUCUUACAAAACUGAGUUAUGAACUUACUUCACUUUUAACAUGUGACACAAUUUCAUCAGGGCAGUUAGCAUUAUAUAUAAAUUCUAUAUUGGCAACAUGCUACAAAAGUUAUGAUUUUUAUGAUAUCAUAAGAAGAAUGAAACACAAACCAAAGAUAUCUAAUUAUGAGAGAGGUCUUGUAUCUCUAUCAAUUUGCAUUGCUGGAUAUCGUGUACCUAAGGAAGAUAUUCAACAUUAUUUAAAGUUGCUUAAAAAUCAAACUUCAAAUAUUGACAAAGAUACAAAAGCAAUCAUUGUAAUGGCUUUAAUAUGUGUUAAGAGAAGUCAUAGUUAUUAUAAUUUUCUUGAGCCUUAUAUCCAAUAUCAGUUACAUUUAUUCAAAACAUUACAAAAUGGCAAUGAUAGCAGCUUUGGAAAUAUUUAUACUUCAGCAUUAAUUGUUCAGUCUCUAAUUGCCUAUGAUGAUGAUAAGGAUGAUUGGCCUUUUCGAAAUAGUCUCCAAUAUUUUCUAUCACAACAAAAAGAAGAUGGCUCUUUUGGUGAUUUACUAGCCACUUAUUUUGUUCUUCCUAUACUUAAUGGACACAGUUUGUUACAUAUAAAAAAUAUUUCAUGUGAAGAUUCAUAUGAAAAAUAUGAAGAGUUUGAGACAAAUAAGCAAAAUACGUCCAUUGAAGUUCGUUAUUCUCUAAGUGAUAGAAAUAUUUCGAAAUUGAUCGCUGUGCCUGAAAACUCCACUUUUUUAGAUGUCAUGAAAAUUGCCCAAGAAUCAGAUUGUAAAUACAGGUAUAUUUGA